AUGAUACUAGUUAGAAGGAUAUGUAAGGCACAGCUUUCGACAGCUAAUCGAUCAAUGAUAUAUAAAAGGACUUUUUUCGGACUAUCAUCACAUGAAGGGAAAGAGCAAAAGUAUGUUUUAACGAGAACCAUUAACGCGCCAGCACUUAAUGUUUACGACGUCAUUUCAGAAGUAUCGAAAUAUCAUGAGUUUAUUCCCUACUGUGUCGAAUCUUUUGUCGAAAAGCGUAAUCUUAAAACGGGCAAGCCAGAAGAGGCAGGAUUAAGGGUUGGGUUCCAACAAUACGAUGAACGCUUUCUUUGCAAAGUCAAUUGUGUAUCUAAUCCGAAGGGAAUCAAGACAGUUGUCGCCGAGUCACUAACACAUGGACUUUUUGAUGUAUUAUACACAAAAUGGACGGUAGAGAGGCACCCAACAAGAGCCAAUGCAUCCCAGGUUGAACUUUUGCUUAAAUUUCAAUUCAAGUCAAGACUAUACAACAGCGUCGCUUCCCUAUUUGCUAAAAGUGUUACGCAACUAGUGAUGAAAGCAUUCGAACGAAGGGUUUUUCAGGUUAGUAAAGGCGUAAUCAAGGCUCAAUAA